CCAGCCAUGACCUUCGGGCGCAGCGGAGCGGCCUCGGUGGUGCUGAACGUGGGCGGCGCCCGGUACUCGCUGUCCCGAGAGCUGCUGAAGGACUUCCCUCUGCGCCGCGUGAGCCGGCUGCACGGCUGCCGCUCGGAGCGCGACGUGCUCGAGGUGUGCGACGACUACGACCGCGAGCGCAACGAGUACUUCUUCGACCGGCACUCGGAGGCCUUCGGCUUCAUCCUGCUCUACGUGCGCGGCCACGGCAAGCUGCGCUUCGCGCCGCGGAUGUGCGAGCUGUCCUUCUACAACGAGAUGAUCUACUGGGGCCUGGAGGGCGCGCACCUCGAGUACUGCUGCCAGCGCCGCCUGGACGACCGCAUGUCCGACACCUACACCUUCUACUCGGCGGACGAGCCGGGCGCGCUGGGCCGCGACGAGGCGCGCGCCGGCGGCGCCGAGGCGGCCCCCUCCAGGCGCUGGCUGGAACGCAUGCGACGGACCUUCGAGGAGCCCACCUCGUCGCUGGCCGCGCAGAUUCUGGCCAGCGUGUCGGUGGUGUUCGUGAUCGUGUCUAUGGUGGUGCUGUGCGCCAGCACGCUGCCGGACUGGCGCAUGGCGGCCGCCGACAACCGCAGCCUGGAUGACCGGAGCAGGUACUCCGCCGUCCCUGGGAGGGAGCCCUCCGGGUAG